CUCACGUCGCUGCAGGAUGUACGCGCAUAUGCAGCUAGCACCUAGCAGUGCCUCCUCACGUAUGACAGGGCACGGGCAACAACAUGGCAUCCAUGGAUCCACCAGCAACCGCCUCCGAUCCGCCUCUCGGUCAUCGGCCGAUCGAUCUCCCGGCCUCUCCCUACAUCGUCCAUCAUCAAGUCUCCUUCCCAUAACUGCUUCUGCUUGCAUUGCGGUGCACUCCCUGUCCCUGGAUCUAUCUGUCUAUCUGUCUCUUCUUCUCCGUCGUCUCAUUCUCAUCCAUCAUCAUCACGUCCGUCCGACGAUCGACCAUAUCCGACCACAACUCUCCUCUCCAUCAUCGAUAGAUCUCUACGCGUGGGCUACCUGCUAGCAGCUUGAAUUCAAUUCUUGCAGAGACGAACACGACGACGAUGCAGUGCGGCGGCGGCGACGGCGACGAGGAGCAGGAGGUGCUCGCCGGGGCCGGGCGGCCGCCGCGUGGUGACGGUGACGGCGACGAGAUAAUAAUGGAGAUCGGGUGGCCGACGGACGUCCGGCACGUGGCGCACGUGACGUUCGACCGGUUCCACGGCUUCCGCGGCGUCCCCGAGGAGCUGCUGCAGCCGGGGGCGGUGGUGGACGGCGUCGUCCGGGCGCCCAGCGCCAGCAAGACGGUGUUCGGCGUGUCCACGGACUCGAUGCAGUGCGCCUACGACGGCCGGGGCAACAGCGUCCCCACCGUGCUCCUCCACCUGCAGCGCCGCCUCUACGACCAGGGCGGCCUCACGGCGGAGGGCAUCUUCAGGGUCGCCGCCGACGGCGCCCAGGAGCAGUACGCCAGGGACCAGCUCAACGACUCCGGCGUCGUGCCGGACGGCGUCGACGUGCACUGCAUCGCAGGCCUCAUCAAGGCGUGGUUCCGGGAGCUCCCCGGCGGUCUGCUGGACGAGCUGCCGGCGGAAGAGGUGACGCGGUGCCAGACGGCGGACGACUGCGCGCGGCUGUGCGGCGCCACGCUGCCGGCGCCCAGGGCGGCGCUGCUGGACUGGGCGGUGAACCUGAUGGCGGACGUGGCGCGGGAGGAGAAGGCCAACAAGAUGGGCACGCGCAACGUGGCCAUGGUGUUCGCGCCCAACAUGACGCGCGCCGACGACCCGCUCACGGCGCUCGGCCACGCCGUGCAGCUCAUGAACUUCCUCAACAUGCUCGUCGAGAGGGCGCUCAACCUCAACAUGCACCACGACCCGCCCUCGUUUUCUUCUUCUUCUGCUAAUUCCUCUGUCCUCGUCAAGGCUGCUGCUCCUGUUGCCAACUGAUCAAUGACGUACGAUGGCCAUCAUCAAUUAAUGGAAGAAGACGAUGACCACGACCCAUCGCCGGAAAUUCUUUGUGGAAGAAAUUAGUGCAGGAGUAGUGUGUUUUAAUUUAAUCUUCGUGUGUCUGUUCAUUAAUUCCAGCAAAUUAAAGCAGCAUGUGUAUGUGUGUUUAAUUCCUGUCUCGUCUGAUGAUCAGCUCAUGUCCUGGUCCUGGUUAAUCUAUCUCAGGUUUGGGGUCGUCUUUGAAUCUUUAUGACUAAUUGAUAUUUAUGAUUGCAUUGAUAGAGUACAUUUGUUUACUCAAAAAAAAAA